UGCGCUGGCUAGCUCCUCCGUCUCGCGGGUGGCGCCUCUUCUUUGCUGUGGCCCUGCCACCAGGUGAAGGCUGCCGGGUGGGAGAACACACACUUUGUGCGGCCAGCUGACCUUCAGAGAGCGGGGAGGGGCGGGGUGGAGAAAAAAUUUAAAGGAUUUUUUUCGAAAAGGAGGCCUUGAGACUCCAAGAGAAAGAAGGAAAAGGGGCCGGAAGAAGCCUGAGCCUCCCAGGAGACAGAACUGAGUUCAUGAACAGGCGCGAUUAUCCAAGGUAAUUAUGUAAAAGAGAAGGCCAGGAGUUCUAAAUGGCUGCUACUUGGAGUUUACUCUGCCUGAGCCACAGGAUGAAGUCUUCAGGUUGGCCACCUCCCUCAGGAACCUGGGGUUUGAACCAGGUGCCACCCUAUGGAUGGGAGAUGAUGACAAACCGAGAUGGGCGAGACUACUUCAUCAAUCACAUGACACAGGCAAUCCCAUUUGACGACCCUCGGUUAGAGAGCUGCCAAAUCAUCCCUCCAGCUCCCCGGAAGGUGGAGAUGCGGAGGGACCCUGUGCUGGGAUUCGGCUUUGUGGCCGGGAGUGAAAAGCCAGUGGUCGUCCGCUCAGUAACACCAGGUGGCCCCUCUGAAGGCAAACUGAUUCCGGGAGAUCAGAUCGUAAUGAUUAAUGAUGAGCCGGUCAGUGCCGCACCCAGGGAGCGGGUCAUCGACCUGGUCAGAAGCUGCAAAGAAUCAAUACUCCUCACUGUCAUCCAGCCUUAUCCUUCUCCCAAAUCAGCAUUUAUUAGUGCUGCAAAAAAGGCAAGAUUAAAGUCCAACCCGGUCAAAGUACGCUUCUCUGAGGAGGUCAUCAUCAACGGCCAAGUGUCGGAAACGGUUAAAGACAAUUCACUUCUUUUUAUGCCAAAUGUUUUGAAAGUCUAUCUGGAAAACGGGCAGACCAAAUCAUUUCGUUUUGACUGCAGCACAUCCAUAAAGGAUGUCAUCUUAACUCUUCAAGAGAAGCUCUCCAUCAAAGGCAUUGAGCACUUCUCCCUCAUGCUGGAGCAGAGGACAGAAGGGGCCGGGACCAAGCUGCUCUUGCUGCAUGAACAGGAGACACUAACUCAGGUGACGCAGAGGCCCAGCUCCCAUAAAAUGAGGUGUCUUUUCCGAAUUAGCUUCGUCCCAAAGGAUCCAAUUGACCUGUUAAGGAGAGAUCCAGUUGCUUUUGAGUAUCUUUAUGUUCAGAGUUGUAACGAUGUGGUCCAGGAGCGCUUCGGGCCGGAGCUGAAAUACGACAUAGCUUUGCGGCUUGCCGCGUUACAAAUGUACAUCGCCACCGUCACCACCAAGCAGACGCAGAAAAUCUCCCUCAAGUACAUCGAGAAAGAAUGGGGAUUAGAGACUUUUCUCCCGUCUGCUGUGCUGCAAAGCAUGAAAGAGAAGAACAUCAAGAAAGCACUCUCACACCUUGUCAAAGCAAAUCAAAACUUGGUACCACCGGGUAAAAAGCUUUCUGCACUUCAGGCCAAGGUCCACUAUCUCAAGUUCCUCAGUGACCUACGACUCUAUGGGGGCCGGGUGUUCAAGGCAACGUUAGUGCAGGCAGAAAAACGCUCAGAAGUGACUCUUCUAGUUGGGCCCCGGUAUGGCAUAAGCCAUGUCAUAAACACCAAAACCAAUCUGGUAGCUCUUUUAGCUGACUUCAGCCAUGUCAACAGGAUUGAAAUGUUUACUGAAGAGGAGAGUUUGGUGAGGGUGGAACUCCAUGUGCUAGAUGUGAAGCCCAUCACUCUUCUGAUGGAAUCAUCUGAUGCCAUGAACCUGGCCUGCCUAACUGCUGGGUACUACAGGCUGCUUGUCGAUUCCAGGAGGUCGAUAUUUAACAUGACCAACAAGAAAAAUGCAGGCACCCAGGACACAGGAACUGAGAUGAAAGGAAAGCACAACCUCCUUGGCCCAGAUUGGAACUGCAUGCCCCAGAUGACCACCUUUAUUGGCGAGGGGGAGCAGGAAGCCCAGAUAACGUACAUAGAUUCCAAACAGAAGACGGUGGAGAUUACAGACAGCACCAUGUAUCCCAAAGACCACCGGCACUUGUACAUGGACACCACCUAUAAUUCCGAUGGGCUGAAUCCGCACCUGAGCCAGCCCGGGAAUGCCUCCUGUGAGGCAGACUACAGAAGCCUAGCCCAGCGCUCCCUAUUGACCCUCUCAGGACCAGAGACUCUGAAGAAAGCACAGGAAUCUCCUCGAGGAGCGAAAGUGUCCUUUAUUUUUGGAGAUCUCGCCUUGGAUGAUAGUAUGAGCCCCCCCAUGCUCGGCUACGAAAGACUAUUAGAUGAGAAUCCGGAAGUGCUGGCCAAGCAGAGGAACCUGUACAUCAGCAGUGCCAACGACAUGAAGAAUCUGGACCUGGCUCCUGACACAGAGAGCAUCCAGUUCGUGGCCAAUUCUGUUUACGCCAACAUAGGCGAUGUGAAGAAUUUUGAGGCCCCUGAGGGGAUAGAGGAGCCCCUCUUACACGACAUCUGUUAUGCAGAAAACACCGAUGACGUGGAGGAUGAGGAUGAGGUGAGCUGUGAGGAGGACCUCGUGGUGAGCGAAAUGAACCAGCCAGCCAUCCUCGACCUCUCAGGGUCAAGUGACGACAUCAUCGACCUGACAUCCCUGCCCCCUCCGGAAGGUGAUGACAACGAGGAUGACUUCCUGCUGAGGUCCCUGAACAUGGCCAUCGCUGCCCCCCCACCUGGCUUUCGGGACAGUUCGGAUGAGGAGGACACCCAGAGCCAGGCAGCUUCCUUCCCAGAGGACAAGGAGCAAGGCGGCAAAUCCCAAAGCGAUGAGAUCCCCGUGUCGCUCAUUGACGCUGUGCCCACCAGUGCCGAGGGCAAGUGUGAGAAGGGACUCAACAGUGCUGUCGUCUCCACGCUGGAAGCUCUGUCCGUGUCAGAAGAGCAGCAGACCAGUGACAAUUCAGGUGUAGCCAUCUUGCGAGCCUAUAGUCCUGAGUCCUCGUCAGACUCAGGCAAUGAAACUAACUCCUCUGAAAUGACUGAGAGUUCUGAACUGGCCGCAGCACAAAAGCAGUCAGAAAGCCUCUCCCGCAUGCUCUUGGCCACUCAUGAAGGUUACCACCCCCUUGCAGAAGAGCAGACAGAGUUCCCCACCUCCAAAGCCCCCUCGGGGGCCUUGCCUCCCAAGUCCUCAGCCCAUGGCCUGGCUGCGCGCCCAGUGCCCGACCUCCCGCCCAAAGUUGUGCCUUCCAAGCAGAUGCUUCACUCAGACCACAUGGAAAUGGAGCCGGAAACCAUGGAGACCAAGUCGGUCACGGACUAUUUUAGCAAAGUGCACAUGGGGUCGGUGACAUACUCCUGCACCAGCAAAAGGAAAAGCAAGCUGGCCGACGGGGAGGGGAAAGCCGCUCCAGGUGGGAACGUCCCGGGAAAAAAACAGCAAGGAACCAAAACAGCAGAGAUGGAGGAGGAGGCCAAAGGGAAGUUUGGGACUGUGUCUUCGAGGGACAGUCCGCACCUUGGCACAUUUAACCUGGAGAGAACUGCCUUUCGUAAGGACAGCCAAAGAUGGUAUGUGGCCAGUGAAGGUGGGGUGGCAGAGAAAAGUGGCUUGGAGACAGCAACCGGGAAAACCUUUCCCAGACCUCCUGGACUCGGGGCCAGGGAGACUGAAGGGCAGGAAGAAGGGGCUCUGGAUGGAGAAGCCAGUGAUGUUUCAGGACUGGGCCAAGGGGACCGCUUCUUAACAGACAUGGCCUGCGUGUCUUCAGCCAAAGACUUAGACAACCCCCAGGACACUGACUCGCCCACUUGUGACCAUAACUCCAAGCUUCCAGAGACGGAAGAGAGUGUAGCCCGUCUUUGUGACUACCACUUGGCCAAGCGGAUGUCAUCGUUGCAGAGCGAGGGCCACUUUUCUCUACAAAGCUCUCAAGGCUCUUCAGUGGACACAGGCUGUCCCCCCGGCAGUGGUAGCAGUGCCUGUGCCACUCCUGUGGAGUCGCCCCUCUGCCCCUCCAUGGGGAAGCACUUGAUUCCAGAUGCUUCCGGGAAAGGUGUGAGUUACAUUCCUUCAGAGGAGAGAGCCACGAGCCUCCCCAGCCAUGGAGCCACCUUUAAGGAUCUGCACCCACAGGCAGAAGGGAUGUGUCCACGGAUGACAGUGCCAGCUCUGCACACAGCCAUUAAUGCCGACCCCCUGUUUGGCACUUUGAGAGAUGGAUGCCAUCGGCUCCCCAAGAUUAAGGAAACCACAGCUCUGACAGAGCCUGGGAAGGAGAGACGAGGAGGAAUGCCUUCAGCUUGGUCUCAACAUCCUGAAGCCGAUCCCAUUCUGCUACCAUCUAACAUUCACUCGGAAUCAAAGGUGCCAAUUCCAAAUCAAGACCCUAAUGAUUUCUCCCAAGCAAACCAGGCAUAUGGAGAGGCUGUGAGCUGGCAGCCACCAGAUCUCGGAGGGGGGAGCCUCAGGACACCCCCCAGCCAGAGGGCUCUCAGACAUAGCAGCAGUGUCCUGUCAGGAUCUGUAGGUUUGGAGACCUUCCGAGAGAGAACCAAGGGUGCAGUCAGCUUGAAGUGUCCAGGUAUCACAGAAGCACAGGAGGACACUUGGGAGAAGCGAGCAGAACUUCCCCUGGGGACGAAGCUCACCAAGAGUGUCUCUCAAAGCUCGAUGCACUUUAGCUCUGAGGGGAAGUUUCACAAAAGGUCCCCAGUGGCUCAAAAAGACUCAAAGCUCUAUAAGACAUUACCCUUGCGGAAGCUGGAGGGUAGCAAUUGGAGGUGCCGAGGACCUUUCAGCUACUGUUUCUUGAACCGAGGGCAGGAAGAAGAUGGGGAUGAGGAUGAAGAAGAGGGAGAGGCCACCCUCCAGGUCUCUUGCCUAUAUCGGCCACAGAUGAUGCAAGCCAUGCCACAGCCAACUAGCCCGUUGCUGGCUGUUGAGAUUCAGAAGCAGGGAGUGGAGCUAUCCAGAGGGUCACUGCUGAAGGUCUGGGCAGAAGACCCGAAUGGCCCGGAUGACUUGGACUUCAGCAAUCUGGCUUUUGAUGCUAGGAUUGCAAGAAUAAAUACCCUAAAGGACAGCACAUAUGUAAUGCCCGAUGGGUUCCUCGAAGCCCAAAAUGAUGCCAACGAGCUGCUCUGCCUCAUCAGGGCAACCAAGGGAAAGAGAGAGGAGUCUUGCCCUGAAGCAUAUGACCUUACACUUUCUCAGUACAAGCAGCUGCUAUCCAUUGAGUCCAGACAGUUGGGAAGUGCCUGUAGGAAGAUGGCGCUGGCCGAGAAGAGCCCAGAGGAGAUGCUCUUGGCUAUGACCUCCAGCUUCCAAGUGCUCUGUUGCCUAACAGAAGCUUGCAUGCGACUAGUGAAAGUUGUGAACUCGGAAACACAGCGGCAGGAAAUUGUAGCGAAGAUCGACCAAGUGGUCAUUAAUUACAUUUGUCUCCUGAAAGCUGCGGAGGCAGCCACUAGGAAGACCACUGGAGAUCCUAAUGUUGGACUUUCGAUGCGACAUUCAACCACCAUGGCCGCUCUCGUAAGCACACUAACACGUUCUCUCAAGAUGCUUUUAAAUAAAUAAAUAUGAGAAGUCACGUCAUAAUCUACCUUUGCAAAGCCAUACAUGAACUUUUAUUUACUUUCUGUGUACGAUGAACAGAUGUCUCCUUUCUUCUCUCUGUAUAUUUUGUUAUUUUAUAUAAAAUAGGAGAUAAAGGUUACAUUGAUGAAAUGUUGAAAGGUCCUAAUCAGAUAUAUUCUGUUUAUACUAUACAUACAUAUACAUGUAAAAGAAACAUACAAGAAAGUGAUGACAUUUGGCUAUUUUUCAUAUAGUCAAAACUCCAAGUGUAUGACGUGAAAUUUUAAAUUUUACUGUGUAAGAGCAAAACAAUCGAUCCUAGCUCCUCUUUCCACGUGGAUACUUGGAGACCAUAUAAUUCAUAUUUAGAAGUAAAAACCAAAAGAAAAUUUAGAAAAGAAAUUACAAUGUAUAUAA